CAUAGAUGAAGUAGAAUUUGGAGCUAACGCAUUUCUGGAGGGAUAUCAACAUUUUCUAAAUGAAAUGAGGCAGUCGGGGAAUUCAAAAUUAGAAGUUCAUCUUGUAUUGCGAAAUGGUCAAUAUAUAGGAAGGGUUUGCUCAACUUUCGAUACCUUUGUGAGAAGGCAACAAGAAGUUCAACAGAAUGUUAGUGCGGUUGGAGGAAUGAAGGAUUCAGCUUCCGAAUAUCACCCUGAACCGAUGGAAACUGGAGAUGAAAAUGCAGAAGACUGUGUAAUAUGCAUGGAUGAGAUGAAGAAGCCUAGGACGCUUCAGUGCGGCCACAAGUUCUGUGUUUCAUGCAUUGAAAGGCAUUUUGAAAUAAAAAAGACUUGUCCUACCUGUGGAGCUGUUUGUGGAAUAAUUACAGGUGAUCAACCAGACGGUUACAUGCAGUGGAAUUUUAAUGCUCACAAGCAUUGUGCUGGAUAUCCAAAUUGUGGACAGAUAUCAAUCACAUACACCUUUCCUAAUGGGGUGCAAGGACCGAAUCAUCCUAACCCUGGCAGUUGGUACAGGGGAAUUACAAGAACAGCAUUCCUGCCAGACAACCAAGAAGGGAGAAAAAUACUUCAAAUGUUAGACACAGCAUUUAAGAGGAAACUUGUAUUUACAAUUGGAAGUUCAAGAACUACAGGCCAGGAAGGUGUCAUAACAUGGAAUGACAUACAUCACAAGACAGAUCACAGACCCAACACACAGGAACUGAAAGGUGGACUUGGGGAAAUGAAGUUGAAGUCUAUGGUCCUGUUUGCCCUGUGUUGUAGGACAAAGUAA